CAUACCUUCAACACACACCGGUAAAGAAAAAGAGGAGGAGUAAGAGGGGGUCUUCACCACAACCCACUCUCACACAGCACAAUAAGGCGGAUGGCCAGUACGACGACGAGUGUUAUUAUAUAAAGAGCAGAUAAGAAGCUCUGGAGAACAGUUGAAUCGUCUCAGUUCUUCGGUCGACACACCGCCGCAACCACCUGUAUCACGUUGCUCAUCGUCCAGCAGCACAACACACAAGCAUCGGCUAUUUUAUCAAAGUAUAUUUCAUACUCUCUCUACGCGGUUGAUUUAUUUAUUGGCUUGUGUUAAUAACAAACCUUCCGGACUCCGGUAAAUUUCAGUUAAAGAUGGCACCGACUUUUCUGUUCAUCGUCUUGGCGGCUCUCGUCCACUUCAGUUCAGCUGCCAGCAAUAACUACCCGUCGUUCCGCCAAGUCCGCCGGAUCAACAUCAGGAAGCAGAACGGACGGCAGACUCCGACGCCGUUCAAUUGCGUCAAGGCCGGUUUCUUUGGCGACCCCAAGGACUGUUUCCGCUUCUACCGCUGCGUCGACUAUUACGGAAACGAGGCCCAGUUCACGCUGUUUGAAUUCGUUUGCGCUGAAGGGACCAUCUUCGACGAGUCCCUGUCCGUCUGCAAUCAUCCGCAUGCGGUUAAUCCACCACCCGCUUGCUUGGCCACCACCUCAUGGGUCACCACUACAGUUGCUCCGCCGGCGCCCGUUCCACCCGCACCACCAGCGACCGUUCCGCCCGCACCGCCCGUCGUGACGGCGGCCGUUGAGACCACGACAGUUGCUGCUGCUCCCGUCACCGAAACGACGACAGCUUCUAAUCCGCCAACUCAACCCAAUAAUGGAAAUGUCGAAACCACGAUCGCUCCUGCUGCCCCCGUCACUGGACAGCCGGCUGUAACAGACCUGCCAACAGGACCCACAACGGCUCCUACCGUUCCGCCAACCGAUGCUCCGAUGGCUGUGCCAACAGCUCCUACCGCUGCACCAACUGAUGCUCCUACCGCUGCGCCAACAGCUCCUACUGUUCCGCCCACCGAUGCUCCUACCGCUCCGCCAACUGCUCCUAUCGUUCCAACAGCUGCUCCUACCGUUCCGCCAACUGAUGCUCCUACCGCUGCACCAACAGCUCCUACCACUGCGCCCACUGAAGCUCCUACCGCCCCACCAACUGCUCCUACAGUUCCGACAACUGAAUUUGCCCCGGACGUCUUGCCCGUUGAUCCAGUGACAACAACCACGGCCGCACCGGCACCGGAACCCACCACCGCUGCACCGGCUCCAGUGACAACGACCGUUGCGGCACCGGCUACUACCACCGUCAGCAGCGGAGAAAUGGAUUUGACUCCGGCUAUUACGCCCAUCGUUCCACCGCCGACCGACGUGGCCCCUUUCAUGCUCACCUGCAACGACGACAAAUACCAUCGCCAUCCCGUCCGCUGCGACCUCUACUACAAAUGCGUCUGGACCGAAUUGGCCUUCAGCGUCGACCUGAGAGCUUGCCCGGCCGGUCUGCAUUACGAUGAGGCUUCCGGCACCUGCAAAUCUCCAGGCAGAACCACGGCUUGCGUAUUCGCCACUUUGCCUCCAACCGGAGUGGUUACCACCGUACCCACGACGACGACAGAGAUAACCACUGUACCAACGACGACGACAGUGGCCACUGAAGCUCCGCCCACCGUACCAACGACGACCGUAGCCACUGAAGCUCCAGUCACAGCCGCUGCAACUACAACCGUUCCAGCGACGACAGCUCCUUCCGUUCCUGCUCAGUACACGUUGGCGCCCGGAAGCCUUUACGAUUGCAAAAUGCCGGGACAUUAUCCUUACCAGCUGGAUUGCAUCCGCUUCUACCGCUGUUUCGAAAUUGAGCCAAGCGUCUUGAAAGGAUUGCUCUACCGCUGCCCGGUCGACUACGCCUACUCGACCGUGACUCAGCGUUGCGUCCGACAGAACACUCUUCCGGCCUGCGAUCGCAACGGCAUCCGCCUGCCCAUGGAUUUCCCUGUGCCAUUGAUUCCGCUAGAAGACACGACCAUGGUCCUUCUGGAGGACUUUGACUCAUUCUUCGGCAACCCCAACUACUUUUACAUUCCCCGUCGCAAAAUCAAGAAUCCACAAUCCAGCAGAAUCAGGAAUAAACCACAACCACAACCCAAAAACAAAAGAUAUUAAAUUAAUCACACGGAUUGAUAAUAUCUUUUAAGAUGAAAAAACCCCCAGUGCCUUAAUGUCAAUUUUUGACAUCAUCACGAAAUUCAUUUUUUUUUUCCAAGUUCGUUUCUUAAGAAAAACAAAACCCAAAUAAAAAAAAAAACACACCAACUUUUUCGUGCUAUAUACUCCAUGACAUAUAAUGUGGGGAUGUAUCGGUCGCUGUUUCUUUCUGUAAUUGUUUUUUUUUAUCUUCCAAUUAGUUUGAGAUCUCGGGAUUCGGGAAUAACGGUAAUGUGUGCGGAGGAUUUAUUGGUAUUCUUUGUGUAACUUUUGUGUGUUUUUUUUUAAAAGGUGACUGAAAUAAUAAAAGACAAUCGCGUUUGAUUCUCGA